GCCACUUCUCCUUGCAGGUCCCGAAGAUCCGCCGGCAAACCACCAUGUUCCCCAGACACUUCCAGCAGUGGAGUUUCAUGGUCUUCUUGUUGAGUUACUGCCUGCCGUCCUCCGGCCGAUCCCUGGAAGGCCACGGGAACGGACGCCGAUUCAAAAGGACGGUCGCCGAAUACCAACUCCUGCACGACAAAGGAAAGUCCAUGCAAGAUACCCGAAGGCGUCACUUCCUGCAGAACCUCAUUGAAGGGGUGAACACGGCUGAGAUCCGAGGGGUAUCAGAGGUAUCGCCCAACCCAAAACCGGCCAUUGUUCCUGCCAAAACCUACACUAUCCGCCUUGGCAUCGACGACGAAGGCAAAAACCUGACCCAGGAGACCAACAAGACACAGCCCUACAAGGAGCAGCCGCUGAAGACCCCUGGAAAGAAGAAAAAAGGAAAGCCUGGGAAACGCAAGGAGCAAGAGAAGAAGAAGAGGCGAAUUCGUUCAGCCUGGAUCAGCUUAAAAGGGUCCGGCAGCGGCAUGGACAUCUUGGGUGUUGCACCUGUUAAGACAAGGAGGCGCUGACAUCCUCCGCUAAGAUUUUUUUUUGGAAAACUUACUCAAGUGUUCUGUAAUUGUGAACAUAUGGAAAGUAUUUAUUAUCUGUAAAUAUUGUAAAUGAUUCAAAAAUAAAACCUUGGCUGCAGAUGUUCUCCAAAGCUGCACAUUUGAACAUUGUGAAUACUGGGAGGGAAAUUUUGUACUUAGACAAUUCUUGUUGUCACAUUUACCAUAAUUUAUUGUGUUGAAUAAUGUAUUUAUUUCCAUGAACUUUUAUCUUGGUGCUGCUGACUUUCUAUAUAUAUAUUUUUUGUAACAUAAUGCACUUUAGAUAUACAUUAUGUCUUAUGUUGGUAAGACAUAAAUAAACUACUCCUGGUUUUGGAUUGGAUUUAAUGAGUUGCCAAGGACAAUUAUACAAAAAAAAUGAUUUUUUUUCUUCCAUGCAUACAUAAA